UCUCCCUUGUUAUUAUUCUUAUUAUAAUAAUUUCUUUUUCCCAUCUUGGACUUUGCAUUCUUAAUUUGAUUAGUUGUUUACUUGGAUCUUGCUUAAACUUGUUGCUGGUCUUCUCUGGUUUGUAUUGUUUCUGUUAAAACUUUGAAAUCCCUUUUGUAGUUUCAUGCCUUCAGCGUAUUUUAGUUUUGGGAUUGAUUGAUAUCAGUCUCUGCUUUGUAGAUCUGUAUUCUAUUGUUAAUGUGUUCUAAAGAUCCGGACUGAAGUGGGAAUUCAAGGUGUGAAAAGGUAGAAGGCCAUCGCUAUGGAGGACUAUCAAACGAUUAUUCCAGUCAUGGAAAAGGAAGAAAACUUGAUUGCAGCAGCAAAACACCUUGUUGGGGCCCUAAGGUCAAAUAAAAACCUCACAAAGGAUAUGAAGGAAAUGUUGGCAGAUCUUGGCUCUCAAUUGUCCUCCAUGGCAAACAUUGAUGAUGAGAAGGGUGAGGGAGUGAGUGAGAUUGAAGAACAGCUUAAUAUUUUUUCGGAGAAGAUUAUUGGUAGGGAGGAAGAUCAAUCUAUGAUUUGGGACUCAGGCACUGAUGAAGCUUAUGAGUACCUGAAUACCGUGGAUGAAGUCCGAAAACUCAUCGAAAGAUUAGAUAGUUUGUGUUCGAAUGUAGACGGAGAAGAGAAGGAGCUGUUGCGGAGGGCGCAUGAUGUUCUUCAAUUAGCUAUGGCAAGACUUGAGGAAGAAUUCAGACACUUGCUUGUGCAAAACAGGCAACCUUUCGAACCAGAGCUCAUGUCUUUCCGUUUGAGUGAAGAAGAUGUUGUAGAUGAGAACUCAUUUGUUUCUUUUGGCGAUGACUCAAUCGAAGGCUCCCUUCGAAGAGAUAGUAUCAGUAGAACUUCAGAGGACUUCACAGUCGAUUUGGUCAAUCCAGAUGUGAUUACUGAUCUCAGAUGCAUUGCCAAUUUGAUGUUCAUGUCUAAUUAUGAUCAUGAAUGUUGCCAGGCCUAUGUCAGUGCCCGAAAGGACGCCUUGGAAGAAUGUCUCUUCAUUCUUGAACUGGAGAAACUGAGUAUUGAGGAUGUGCUGAAGAUGGAAUGGGCAAACUUGAACUCCAAGAUCAAAAGAUGGGUGUGGGCUAUAAAGAUCUAUGUGCGCAUCUAUCUUGCGAGUGAAAAGUCGCUCAGUGAGCAGAUCUUUGGGGAGUUUGGAUCAAUUCAUUUAUCAUGCUUUGUUGAGGCUUCAAAGACUUCAAUGUUGCAGCUUCUGAAUUUUGGUGAAGCUGUGUCUAUUGGCCCUCACCGUCCGGAGAAGUUGUUUUGCCUUCUUGACAUGUAUGAGGUGCUAGCAGAUCUUCUUCCAGAUAUUCAUGGAAUGUACAUUGAUGAAGUCGGUUCUUCUGUUAGAAUCGAGUAUCAUGACGUUCUACGGAGAUUCACUGAUUCAGUGAGAUCAACAAUUUCAGAAUUUGAGAUUGCCAUUGCAUCAUGCAAAUCAACUAGCCCACUGGCAGGGGGAGGAAUUCACCACCUGACCAAAUAUGUGAUGAAUUACCUCAGAAAUCUGACUGACUAUGGUGAUACCCUCAAUAUGCUUUUGAAGGGUCAUGAUAUAGAAGAUUCUACUUCACAAUCAUCAAACAUGAAUACAAAUGUGGAAGAGGAAGACACAAGUGAAGGUUCUUCAUGCAAUUCUUCGCCAAUGGCUCUCCGUUUCCGGUUUGUUGCCUCAACUCUAGAAUCCAAACUUCAUGAUAAAUCAAAGAUGUACAAGGAUAUUUCACUGCAGCACUUCUUUUUGAUGAACAAUGUACAUUACAUGGCUCAAAAGGUCAUGGAUUCAGAACUUCGGCCAAUUUUUGGCGAUAGCUGGAUUCGAAAGCACAACUGGAAAUUUCAACAGCAUGCCAUGGACUACGAAAGAGCUACUUGGAGCACAACCGUUGCUUUGAUGAGGGAAGAGGGGAAUUCUAGUUCAGAAGUUGUUUCAAAAACCCAACUCAAGGAGAGGUUCAGAAACUUCAAUCUUGCAUUUGAGGAGGUCUACAAAAUACAAACAGCAUGGCACAUCCCAAAUGUUCAGCUUCGAGAAGAUCUGCGAAUUUCAACAUCCCAAAACGUUAUCCAAGCUUACCGCAUUUUUGAGAGCAGACACAGGAAUCACUUAAGUGAUAAACACAUCAAAUAUAGUGCUGAUGAUCUGCAGAAUUACUUGUUAGAUCUCUUUGAGGGAUCCUCAAAAUCCUUGCAUAAUCCAUGUAGGAGGUGAUAGUAGCAAGAUAAAUACAUAAAUCUUUGCAAUUUUUGUUUUCAAAGAAGUUAUAGAUAAGUGGUUCCUGUGCAAUUUCUCCACCUGCUAUGUUCCCUCUUUUUCCUAGUUUCAUUGUAAUUUUUUUCAUAUGCGGCAUUCUUGUACUCUCCUAUGAUAAUAUCGAUUAAGAAUUACGUGAAUUUUGUUCA